AUGAGGUUCGAGAAGAAAGGGAAAUUGAGUAUGAGAUUCAUUGGGCCAUAUGAGAUCUUGGCAUGCAUUGGACAUGUGGCUUACAGAUUGGCACUACCUCCAACAUUAGCAGGGGUACACGAUGUGUUUCAUGUGUCGAUGUUGAGGAAGUACAUCCCUGAUCUAGCGCAUGUCUUAUCUCAAAAGCUGCCUGAGCUUGCUGAAGAUAUGACUUAUGAAGAGAAACCUGUAGAGAUCUUGGAGCAUAAAGAGUACCAUCUUGGCAACCACACCAUUCCAUAUGUCAAGGUGCAUUGGAGCAACCACUCCAAGCAAGAAGCAUCUUUGGAGUUCGAGAGCAAGCUGAGAACAAAACACCCUCACUUGUUCGGACUAUCAGGCAUUGCACCUAUUGGGACCCAUUCACAUCCCCCACAUGUGGAUGAACACCCUUAA